AGAGCAUAUAUAGCAGAACAGUAUAGUGUCCAAUAAUAAAGUGUAGAGUCAUAGCAGUACCAGUUUAGUCUUUGUUCCAAAACAAUAUUAAUCAAGCUAUAUAUAUAUAUAUCCCUCUAUAGCUUGAUCUGUGUGUGUGUGGCCAUGACAAACCCUCAUCCCUCUUCCAAUAAUAACACUAAUAAUCUUUUCAAUGGAUGGAUCAACUUCAUUCCUCUUCAUCCUUACUACUCAUCAUCAUCAUCAUCUUCUUCUUCUCAUUCCUCAUCAUCAUCUUCUAACAAUAAUAAUCUUUACCAGCUGAUGAUCAAUAAUAGCAGAAAAAACUACAGUACCAAUAAUCAUCUUCUUUCUUCUUCUUCUUCUUCUUCUUCUUCUUCUUCUUCCUCUUCUUCAUCUCCUCCUUUGAGAGAAGCACUUCCUUUAAUAGACAAGUUGAGACCCUUACCAACUACUACUACUGCUACUCAUCAAGAUCAUCAUCAUCAGAUACAAGAAAACUAUGAAGAUAGUACUGAUGAUGAUGAUGAGGAUAAGGAUAUUGAAGAUGAAGAAGAAGAAGAAGAAGAAGAAGAAGAUGUGACUGUGGCACUACACAUAGGAUUGAUCCCAAGCCCUAAUUCUGAUGAAGUUGGUGGUGGUCAUGUGAUGAGAUCCAGUAGUAGUAGGGUUUUGGAUAAGGAAUUAGGACUCAUAAGCUGUAGUACUGGACCAGGUACUACUACUACUGCUACAACUACUCCUCAUAGAUACUGGAUUCCAACCCCAUCUCAGAUUCUUGUUGGUCCAACUCAGUUCCACUGCUCUCUUUGCUCUAAAUCCUUUAACAGAUACAAUAAUCUUCAGAUGCAUAUGUGGGGACAUGGAUCUCAGUACAGAAAAGGACCAGAGUCUCUAAAGGGAAGCCAACCAGCAGCAAUGAUGAGAGUGGCCUGCUACUGCUGCUGGGGAGGGUGCAAGCACAACAUCUCACACCCUCGAGCAAGGCCACUCAAGGACUUCAGAACCCUCCAAACUCACUACAAGCGCAAGCAUGGCGCCAAGCCCUUCAGCUGCAGAAAGUGUUCUAAGCCAUUUGCUGUGAAAGGUGAUUGGAGGACUCAUGAGAAGAACUGUGGCAAGAUCUGGUAUUGCCUUUGUGGAUCUGAUUUUAAGCACAAGAGGUCUCUCAAAGACCAUGUCAAGGCUUUUGGCCAAGGCCAUGCUCCUCUACUUGAUCAUCAUCAUCAUCAUCAUCAUCAUCACCAUCCUAGGCCUCGUGAUCAUGAUCAUAAUAAUAAUGUUGUUUUUGAUGAAGAUCAUGAUGAGCCUGCUUAUUCUGAAAUAGAUCACCAACAACCUGCUGAUGAUCAGAGCUGCAGCCCUCCCAGGCCUCCUCUUCCUUCUCAUCAUCGGUACUAUUAAUAGUUUUUAUUGGCUGAAGAUCAUGAUUAUUAAUUUUUAUGUAUAUGUAUGUGAAAAUUGAUGUUCAUGUAACUUCAGAAGAGGUAUCAUCUAUAUAUGAUAUAAUUUGUAAUAGCUUCUUGUUAUAUUAAUUAUUCUAGCUAGCUCUA